AUGACUGACACUUCUACUAAAUGCAAAGCCCAGAUAUCCCACAAAUUGCUACAGAAACGUGAUCUGGAGCCUUGUUUUUGGAUAAAUGAACAUGUUUAUACUGGGUACCGACCAACAAAUUUACCUCCAUUACAAUACGUUAAAUGGAUUUUUCAAUGGAAUAAUGAAACGAUUAAUAUAUGGACACAUCUUAUAGGUUUUAUUUAUUUUACCUGGUCUCAGUAUAAUGCUAAUUUUAAUAUAUUACCUUCUGCUAAUGCCUAUCUGCUGGAUCAUGUUAUAAUUACAAUAUGUAUAUUUGGCCUUCAGAUUUGUAUGCUUUUAUCAUCUCUUUAUCAUAUAUUUGGUUGUAUUAGUGCUGAACAAAGAUACUUCCUGCUACGUAUGGAUGUUUUUGGUAUAUCACUAGGUUUAAUCAGCAUAUAUGUAAUGGGAAUUUAUUCAGCAUUCUUAUGCUUUGAGGUAUGGCAAAAGAGUUACUCUGCCUUUUUAUUGGGUUUAUCAUUAAUAAUGAUUUAUUUACCAUGGAAUAUUAAUGUUGCCAGCAUGAGUCUGAUCGGUUCACAGUUUAGUUACGCUCACUUGACCUACUUCAUUAUCGUCACAUUAAGUCUAGCACCAAUGAUUCAUUGGAUUGUAUUACAUGGUGGCUUCACCAGUACCCAUGUGCUGCAAUGGUUACCAAAUUUAUUGAUUUUAUAUGUUCUGGCAGGAUCUGCAUUCAUUUUUCACAUUUCAAUGAUUCCAGAAAGAUUCAAACAUGGUACAUUUGAUUUCAUUGCAUGCAGUCAUCAGUGGUGGCAUGUAAUAAUUUUAUUGGCAAUGCGCUUCUGGCAAAAUUCGAGUUUAGAAUACUUGGCACUCCAUCGUGCAUAUCCAGAUUACUGUUCAACUCUUUGUCCAUUAUCGAAUGUUACAAAAUGA